AUGGCUCUCCAAGAGGUAUUUCUUCCUCUCUGCGCAGAGGUGCUUCACCGACCCCGUGCGAAGUUGCGGCCGAACAAGUCUUUCGCGGCGCAUGGCGGGGACUCGCUCUUAGCCAUCCAGCUCAUGGGUCGAUGUCGAGAUGAAGGCUACAAUAUCAAUAUUCGCGAUAUCUUGCAGGUGUCGACAAUUGGACGCCUGGCCGACUUCGUCUCGCCGCUUGAGAAGGACCCAGCAAAGGAAGAACACAACAGCGGCGAAAAGAACGCCACAAACACCAACCCGCAGGGCAAUUCCGAGGAACACACGACAGACUCUGGGUUCUCCUUGGGCCCAGGCCUAGACAAGAGAGGCGACGACGCCGUCGCGUGUUCCUGGACCCAGGAAACCUUUCUGAUUGCUCAAUCCACGGACCCGACCUUAUAUCAAUGUGCCUUCGUCGCCCGCCUGGACGCUAGUACCGCAGCUGCCCCGAUCAAUCAUACUCGGCUGCAAGAAGCAUGGGCAAUCCUAGUGGAACGACAUCCAGCUCUUCGUAGCACUUUCGUUGAAAGCUCUGCCCGGCCAGGCCAUUUCGACCAGAUCGUGCUUAGUCAAGGGAAGAGCACGUUGGAAUGUGUUCGUGGCACCGCGCAGGAUGGCGCGGAGACCAGUAUCGAUGACAUGACCCUGCGUCGACCGAUCAUCUUCGAAAGCCACCGCCAGACUCAUCGUGCUACUUGGGCGCCAGUAUCCCCGUUCUCAGGAAUCUUUCGGUUGGAGAUAUCGCACGCUGUGACCGACGCGCAGUCUGGACAAAUUCUUCUGCGCGAGCUGUGCCAAGUAUACAACGGCGGUCCACUUCCGGAGAUACCUCAACCGUACCCAUCGACGAACCAUCAGUAUGGCUUACCUGGCAGCCAGAAGCCUAUCCAUGCCUCGCCGUACCUGUCUGGCGCCGAGCCAAGCAUCUUUCCGAUCUGUGCUGGGAGCCCGGACCGGCGGAGCCUGCAAACCGUGCGUCACACGAUGGAGAACGAUGGUAUGGUAAAGUUCUGCGAGGAUCAUCAGAUCACCAUGGCCAACAUAUGUCAGGUUGCCUGGGCUUUGGUUUUGCGUACUUAUACGGGAUCGGAUGACAUCUGCUUUGCCAACGUCGUCUCUGGCCGUCAAGCCCCAGUCGACGGUAUUGGAGAUGCCGUUGGCUCUUUUGCGUAUGCGGCUGUCUGUCGCCUCAAGGUCCCCGCGGAUACAAACAAGCUGGACGCCCUGGCGCAGGCAAAGGACAUCUCAGUCGAUCAGUUGGCCAGCUUAAGCUCGCCGCAUGGCUGGCAAUCUAGGGAACUCGCCCGGUUAAAAGGCAAUACAAUGAUGUCUUGCCAGAGAAAGGAGAGGUCAGAACGGGAGAGCCAGGGGCUCUCCUUCGAGUUUGUGGACAGUGUUAAUCCGACAGAGUUCGAUUUGGUGCUGAAUAUCUACACGCGCUCGGAGGGUCUGGAUCUAGCGAUUGACUUCUGGGAUACGCGACUUGAUGAACGAGCGGUGACACGCAUAGCUUCUGCCUUUCAACAAGCGCUGCUUGGCCUCAUUAGCGACCAGGUUAAGUGUCUGGGCCAUGUUAGCGUGGCACCAGCCGCAGACGUUCAACAGAUAUGUGAAUGGAACCAGACUACUCCCACAAGAGUAGAAGCCUGCUUGCAAGACCGUAUAUACGAGCAGCAGUGCCAGAGACCCGAUGCUUGGGCCAUUCAGGGAUGGGACGGCGACCUUACCUACAGAGAUCUGGCUGCGAACGCCGAUACACUGGCCUCUUAUCUAUCUCAGCGGGGAGUGGCUCGAGAGACCAAAGUCCUGCUUUGCUUCGAGAAAUCCAAAUGGGCAGUGAUCGCACAGCUAGCUGUCUUAAAGGCAGGGGGGUGCGUGGUACCGAUUGGUCACAGCCAACCACUACAACGCACGAAGGCAAUCGUACGGGAUACGCAUGCCCCUUUCAUUCUAACAUCGCCCGGACUUGCGGAGCAAUUGUCGUCUCUAGGGCCUUCCUUGAUUAAAUUGGACGCAAGCUUUAUGUCCCGGCUUCAAGUUACGAGACCACCACCAUGCACGGCAACGCCAGAUAGCACGGCCUUCAUAGUUUACACUUCUGGAAGCACUGGUGUCCCCAAAGGAGUAGUGCUCUCCCACGGCAGUUUGUGUAGUAGUCUCGCCAGCCUAGUGAACAAGUUCGAGCUGAACUCGAAGACACGUGCGGUCCAGUUUUCAGCCUACACCUUUGACAUCUCAAUUCAAGACAUAUACACCACCUGGCAUUCUGGGGGCUGUUUGUGUAUCAUCUCCGAGGCCGAUCGCCUAAGCAAUCUAGGAGCCGCCAUGGAGCACUAUCGAGUUAAUGUAGCUGCCCUCACGUCCACGGUUGUGAGCCUUCUGUCGAGGCAGCAGGUUCCCAGCUUGGAGAAACUAGUUUUGGUCGGCGAGGCAGCUCAACCAACCACGAUUGAGCCUUGGCUGGGACUUCUCCGGGUUUUUAAUGCCUAUGGUCCAUCUGAAUGCUCCAUGGAGGCCGCCUGUGGCGAGCUGACGCCCGGUUGUGAUGUUCAUAAUAUCGGAACCGCACUUGCCAGCGUCUUGUGGAUCACCGAGGCUCAUGACUAUAACCGCCUUGUCCCUCUUGGGGCACCUGGUGAGCUAUUAAUCGAGGGACCGCUUCAGGCGAAUGGGUACCUCAAUGAUCCUGACAAGACAGCUGGCACAUUCGUGACAGACCCAGCCUGGGUGCAUCGACAUGACCUGGGAGUAGGACGCCGCUUUUAUCGCACAGGAGACUUAGUACGGCAGAACUAUGAUGGUUCUAUCACCUACAUUGGUCGACGCGACACGCAGAUUAAGGUCCGUGGCCAGCGCGUGGAGAUCGGUGAAAUCGAAUAUCACCUGCUACGGCAGGCGACCAUUUCCGAUGGUGCGGUUCUUUACCCUCGACGGGGACCCUGCGCAGAUCAGCUGGUAUCUGUAGUGGCCCUUCAUGAAUAUGCGUCCAACGCAAGUUGGUCCUCCGAGGCGCCGCCAGUCAUGCCCGACGGCCAGCCUACCGUAAACGAACAGAUUGAUCUUGCCAAGGGAUUCCUUGCAACGAAAGUCAGCAGCGUCAUGCUUCCCAAGAUCUGGAUUCCAAUCGGAAGUCGUCUGCCCCAAACGGAGUCCGGCAAGCUAGACCGAAAGACACUGAAUACGUGGUUGGAGGAGCUGGAUCCCGGCAAACUGUCUCCAUUCCAAGGUGGUCAGAAGCCGGAGCACGUCCAAGGGCCGAGAACAGACUUCGAAAGAAGAGUUCACGGCGCCUGGGCAGAUAGCCUAAAACUCCCGGGCGAGCAAAUUUCGGUCGAGGGGUGCUCCUUCCUCGCGGCAGGGGGCGACUCAAUACUAGCUAUGCAGGUGUUAUCCCAGUUACGUCCAAGCGGGAUUCAUCUUUCGAUGCGGGAUGUUGUGGGUAGCGCCUCCAUCGCACAGAUGGCUGCGAGGGCUGAAGAGGCUGCCUCUUCGUACGUCGAUAAAAAGGUCCAAUCGAGGUCUGAAGUAACAAACGUGACCGAUGGAAUCGAAGGAGAGAACCAGGCAACAGCUCGCGACUUUUCUGUGACAGUAAAGCCAGUGGUACUGGAAGAGCUCCACGACACAAUACUUCCCAACGCAGGUAUUGGACCCGACCAGGUCGAGAAUGUUUAUGCAUGCUCGCCGAUACAGGUGGGAAUCAUCUUGAAUCAACUCAAGGACCCAUCUCAAUAUUAUGGGCAACAGGCCUUCGAGGUCACGAGUACCGACUCAAGCAGGGUGAGCGUCGAGGGUCUCAUGUCGGCGUGGCAGGUCUUGGUCGAUCGUCAUGCAAUGCUAAGAACUCACCUCACCGUUGCCUCGAAGCAGACAAUGGACGAUAGAUUUUUGCAGGUCGUGUUGAAGUCUGUGAAGGCCGACAUAGAGCAUUUCACCUGCCCAGACACCGACAUCAUGUCUCGGUUAGCACAAAAAAAGGAGAUUCGAUUCAGCGGCCUUGUGGAGCAUAAGUUCGUGGUUUAUUCCACGCCUUCUAGGCGAACUUACUGCCAGAUUUUAGCCAGUCACGCUCUUGUGGAUGCUUCCUCCAUCCAGAUUAUCAUGCAGGAACUGAUCAAGGCCUACAAUGGUAGCCUCGAUUCUGCUGUUGCACCGUCCUAUACCAAUUACAUAAGGUAUUUGCGCCAGAAGUCAGAACAGGCGUCGAUCCAAUACUGGACAGAACGGCUUUCCCAAGCGCAACCGUGCUACCUCCCCCCUCUAUCAGAAGGCAUCAACACAGAAUCAAAUCUAGAGACAGUGAUCGAACCUGUCUCUUUGGUUGUGAAUGACUUUCACAAGCUGCGACAGUUUAGCAAGGAUCACGGAGUCACGGUGGCCAACCUUGUCCAGUGCGCAUGGGCUCUAGUGCUAUCCCAAUUCACGGGAUCUUCUGAUGUCUGCUUUGGUUACGUUACGAGCGGAAGAGAUGUGCCGGUAGACCAUAUUGACACUGUGGUGGGCCCAAUGAUAAACAUGAUGGUGAACCGUGUUAAGAUCGAUGCCGACUCCACGGGCAGGGACCUUGCUCAACAGAUCCAGCACAACGUUCUCGGUGCUUUUGAAUAUCAAACGGCUCAGCUAGUGAAGAUAUGGCAUGCACUCCAGUUACAGGGCAAGAGCCUGUUCAACACAGUAGUCUCGUAUAGGAACAUGCCAGAGGGGGAACAAGGUAAGUUCGGACUAAUCUUCAGACACAUCGUCGGCUAUGACAGGACAGACCAUGAUGUCACGGUACACGCAUUGUCGUCUUCCAGCAAAAUGACUUUGCUACUCGAAUAUUCAACAACCUUCAUGAAACAUGACGUUGCCGUGGGUCUCAUCGAGUGCCUUGGUCACGUACUCAAGGUAUUAGCCACCAGGGCGAACGACCCUAUCAGAAACAUCUCUCCCAUCAGUCCGGGAGAUGUACAGCAGAUCUGUGCAUGGAACAGCAAAAGGCCCGACCCAAAGAGAAGCCACACAAUCCCUGAGUUAGUAGAACAUCAUCGAAUGCUUCAACCGCACGCCACCGCUGUAUCUGCAUGGGACGGAAGUCUCACGUAUCAGGAAUUGUCGAGCUACUCGGAUCGGUUGGCCAGUAUCCUGCAGACGCAAUACGAGGUCGGGCUGGAGGCUAUGGUCCCUUUGUGUUUUGACAAAUCAUUCUGGGCUGUGGUAUCACAACUCGCUGUGCUAAAGUCCGGUGCUGUUGCCGUUCCAGUUAACCCGAAUCAUCCCAUACAACGGCUGCAAGGGCUCUUGGAAGACAUGGAAGCCCACAUAGUGCUUGUUGCACCACAACACCGGGCAAAGUUCUUCGAUAUUGUUCCGAACGUUCUUGAUGUUGGCCCAGAUCUACUCUCUGCAACCUCGGGGCCUGCCCAGCGCGAAAGGGUUCAUGCCAAACCAUCGAAUGCGGCCUUUGUGAUUUACACGUCUGGUAGCACUGGGAAGCCGAAGGGUGUCGUCUUGACUCAUGGGUCCCUCUGUACAAGCUUCCAAGCACAUGGAUCCUUUUUUGGUAUGGAUGAGAACACUCGCGCCUUACAAUUUGCCGCAUUCACUUUCGACGCGAGCCUGACUGAAAUCUGGGCGACCCUUUGCCACGGGGGAUGUGUCUGUGUGAUAUCAGAGGAGGAGCGAAUGAGCGAUUUGCAGGCGGCGAUUAAAUCCUGUCGCGCUACUUUAGCUCUCUUGACUCCUACAGUGGCAGGGUUACUCGACUGGGCCAAAUUACCAUCUCUUAAAACCCUGGUCCUGGUGGGUGAGCCUGUCACAAAAGACAUGAUAGACCGUGUUGUUGACAACUCGGGACGACGGACUAUCCUCAACGGUUAUGGUCCAACAGAGUGCUCGGUGCUUACGACAUGCAGCAAGCCCAUAACAGACCCAAAACGAGCACCAAACAUUGGCGGGGUUCUUGUAGGCGGGGUGUGGAUAGUCGGUUCUGAAGACAAAUUGUGUCCGAUUGGAGCAGUUGGCGAAGUCUGGAUCGAUGGGCCACUGCUUGCGCGAGGCUAUCUCAACGACCUUCAAAAGACAAAUGAAUCCUUUGUUUCCAAUCCCGCCUGGUCCCGUCUCAUUCCCGAGAUUCAGGGCCGCCGUUUUUAUCGAACAGGUGAUAUGGCUAGACAGAAUCGGCAAGGAGAGAUCAGCAUCCUGGGCAGAAGAGAUUCACAGGUGAAAAUCAACGGUCAGCGGGUUGAACUGGCAGAGAUCGAACACCACGUGAAACGGAAUAUGACGGGGAUUAGAGGCACGGCAGCGUUGCUUGUUAAGCUCAGUCACCAGCACAGUGCUUCAACUAUUGCAAUCGCCAUGGAAAUGGGCCAGCACAUCCAGGAAACUGACGAUCCGGAUAGCAUGCUCAUACCGGUCACUCCGUCUCGUCGCAAGGCAUUCGAAAAGCUUCAGGAAUCGCUCAUUGAGGCCCUCCCGCCAUAUAUGGUUCCCCAGUUGUUCGUCCCGGUCACUCGUCUCCCUCGGACGGUGUCGGAAAAGCUUCAUAGGAGGGGACUCAAGGAGGCCAUAGAGGGGUUGCGCACAGAUGAUCAGAUGCAGUACGCCCUACGCGCAGCUACCAAGACUCCCCCAGCUACUGAGGUGGAACUAAAGCUCCAGGGAAUGUGGUCCGAGGCGAUAGGGAUCAGCCGAGACAGUAUCGGCGUCCAAGAUCACUUUCUUCAUAUGGGGGGUGACUCGGUGACGGCAAUGAGUCUGGUGUCCCUCGCCCAGAAGCAAUCGAUCCCCUUGACUGUGUUCAACGUUUUCCAGUAUCCAAUCCUGCGGGAGAUGGCGGCGGACCUAGAGAAACGACUGGCAGUCCAUCACCCUGUGCAGGAAGUGCCACAAUUCGCGCUGUGGAAGCAUGCUGAUCCCAGCAUCCAACACAAUUUAUCAGACAGUUUGAUCGACAGUCUUGAAGAAGUAGCAGGCCGAGCGCACGUGAGCCCUGGAGACAUUGAAGACGUCUAUCCAUGUACGCCCCUUCAAGAAGGAUUAAUGGCCAUUACCUUGCAGCACCCACAAGCCUACGUCGGCCGAUGGGUCUACUCUCUCAAGGCUGAUGUCGACAUCGAUCGCUUGAGACGUUCAUGGGAGCAGCUAACCAAGCUAUUGCCCAUCCUGCGAACUUGCCUGGUGCCCGGAAAGUCACAUGGGGUUCUCCAGGUCGUUUUACGAGAAGGGCGCGCUUGUGACGAAGGGGAUAGUCUGGACAGGUAUCUAGCCCUGAACGCACGUCGCCCAUUCGGGCAUGGGUCGGAGUUGGUUCGGUUUGGCAUCAUUACAGAGACACCCGAACAUCGAUAUUUUGUUCUUACGGCUCACCAUAGCGGAUAUGAUGAUGUCAGUCUCGACAAAAUGCUCGGGACUCUCGCACGUCUGUACACCCAAGGUGGAGCUCCCAUUAUGCCACCGUAUUCGCGAUUCCUCCGUUAUCUAUCAGAUCAGGAUGCUACAGCGGCGCGGGGGUUUUGGACUUCUCAACUCGAGGGUGCCAUUGGAAGCCUCUUUCCUGCAUCAUUGGGAACCUCCUAUACGCCAGGGCCCUCGCAAACAAUCUCGUGCAAUCUCGACGGGGUCGGGGCCACCGACUCGGUAUCGAAAGGAACACUACUUCGUGCUGCAUGGGGCUUAGUUGUGUCCGCACACACGGGAGGCAACGUGCUCUUCGGGGAGGUGCUAUCUGGACGUUCUGCCCCUGUACCAGGCAUUCAAGAGAUCGUGGCCCCGACGAUUGCUACCGUCCCUCGCAUGGUGCGGCCGGUGAAAACAGAGACAAUCAGCUCGUACCUAGCAGCCAUAGAGCAGCAGAGCCUGGAUUUGAUGAAGUUCCAGCAUACCGGUAUACAAAACAUCCGUCGUCUUGUGGGAAAGGAGGUUAACCUACCGCAUCUAUUUACCAUCAUGCGGGCGCCAGAGCCUAACGACGGUGAAGGUUGCAUGCCACUGGGUGUUGAGUCCGUUACGCACACUGCCCCAUUUGUGCACAACAUUCCUUUGGUCGUACGAGGCACCAUAGGCUUCGGAAGCCAGAGUUGCAUCCGCGUCGAAGCCCAGUUCGACGAGCGAGUUCUCUCGGCUCCACAGGCACGGAAUCUUCUCAAUGCACUGCGCCAUGUAUAUACCCAGCUUGUAUCCUCGAUACAGCAUCAGACGGCUCAUCGAGCAAUCCUCAAGGAUAUCACCACAAUGAGUCCAGAAGAGACAGGGCAGCUAGCUCGGUGGAACGGGACCAUUCGCGAGACACAGUCUACUCUUGUUCACCAUCUUAUUCACGAGCGGUUUUGUGAAUCCGCGAGUGCGCCCGCCAUCUGCGCCUGGGAUGGAGACUUUUCAAGAGGGGAACUCGAUUUACUUGCUGAGACACUUGCACACUAUUUGGUUACGCUCGGAGUGGAACCAGAGACCCUGGUGGGACUUUGCUUCCACAAGUCAAAAUGGGUGGUGGUUGCCAUGUUGGCCAUUCUCAAAGCCGGCGGUGCCAUUGUGCCGAUUCACACCGAGCGAACCCAGCAGCGAGACGCUAUCCUAGAUCGGGCCGGGAUCAAAAUUGUCUUAACACAGUCACAUCUGCCGCAGGACUUCGGGGGCCAGGUGUCUCUCCCCGUCGUCGUGGAUGAGAGGCUAAUCGAAUCACUACGGCCCGCAACUGCCUCAGUUCAGUCUCCUGUCGCACCUCAUCACACCGCAGUUGUCUAUCACACCUCCGGAUCCACUGGCAUGCCGAAGGGCGUUGUUCUAGAGCACUGCACGAUGGCCACAAGCCUGCUCGCGGAGGCGGAUCGGUUCGGCAUUGACACGCACACACGGGCAUAUCAGUUUAGCAAUUUCACCUUCGACAUGUCCUUCCAUGAUAUCAUGACUGCCCUGCUGGUAGGCGGUUGCGUCUGCCUGCCGCACGAAGAAGAGAAGCUGGGCAAUUUAGCCGGCGCCAUUCGGCGAAUGAAGGUGAACAAGCUCUGUUUGACUCCACGGUUGAUCCACACCAUCCGGCCGCAUGAUGUGCCCGGCGUACAGACCAUCAUCGCGGGAGGAGAGGCCCUCCAGCAAGAGCAGAUAGAGCCCUGGUUGGGGUUCAGGCGCGUUUUCAAUGCCUAUGGGCCAAGUGAGUGUGCCAUUAUGACUACUAUCCACGAGCUUGGCCACAAGACCGAGGCCAGCAGUAUCGGACGGGUUGUGGCUGGAUCCGCGUGGGUCGUCGAUGAAAAGGACCCAGAGCGACUCCUCCCUAUCGGGGAGCCGGGAGAGCUUCUGGUAAGCGGGCCAUUGUUGGCACGAGGCUAUCUUAAUGAUCAACAGAAGACAACGGCAGCGUUUAUUCGCAGUCCAGCCUGGUUAACCCAGUACGGGCUUCACACCGGCAGCCCGACAGACGACCGGAUGUAUCGAACAGGCGAUUUGGUACGCCAGCAGGGUGACGGUUCAAUUGUCUAUCUCGGUCGUGUCGACAGUCAAAUUCAGAUUCGAGGCCAACGUACUGAGAUUGGAGAGAUUGAGCACUACCUGCUACAACAGCGUCCUGUAGUUGACGGUGUGAUUCUAUAUCCGCGCCAGGGCCCAUGCAAGGACCGCUUAGUCGGGGUCGUCGUUAUGCGGCAAUUUGAAAUGCCACCGGGGGCCGAAAUAAAGCCAACGGGCUCAGAUAAGCAGUUGUUUGUGUCGAAGAAGACCUCUGCGAUUCGUCGAUCUAUGCUUGGGAAGAUGCCGGGAUAUAUGGUCCCCGAGACGUGGAUCUCUCUGGCAUACCUACCACAGUCGGCCGCCCACAAGGCAGAUCGCCGCCGUCUUACAAGCUGGUGUGAAAACAUGGAUCUUGAUGAUUUCACUCGGCUGACACAAACCACUGUCGAGGGUGACGCAGUAUUGCCAGCCACUGAAACGGAACACCAGAUUCAGGCCGUGUGUGCUCUUGUCCUGCAGCUCCCACCGUCAAAGGUGGCAAUGAAUCGGUCUUUUCUCAGUCAUGGAGGGGAUUCCAUUACAGCUAUGCAAUUCACCUCGCGGUGCGCAUCGCUUUGUGGGAUGAAUAUGAGCAUCCGAAACGUGUUACAGUGUCGGUCUCUAGUCGACCUCGCACAGACAGCCACAGGCAAUGACAUUCAACUGCUAGGCACAUCGAUUCCGGACACGCCGUUCAAGCUCUCGCCUAUUCAGGAAUACUACUUCAAUUCAAUGGCAUCAGGCAGACUGGAUGUCAGCGGGGAAAAUCGUUUCAACCAGAGCGUCUGCCUCACACUCAAGGCCCCCUUUGAUGAUGACACUCUAAAACAGGCCGCCCUGGGGGUCGUUCAUAGGCAUCCUAUGCUAAGAGCCCGAUUCCAUACAUCGCCUUUGGGUUUCAGCCAGAGCAUCUUUCCUAGCGUUGAAGAUUCGUUCCGCUUUGCUUCUCAUGUAGUCCAGUCCGCAGCCGAGGCAGACGAUGUUAUCUUGGCUGCAGAAAGCCAGCUAAACCUCCAGGACGGACCAGCCUUUGCUGUCCACAAGAUACAAAUGGCCACCAAGCCGGAUCAACUAUUCUUAACUGCACACCAUCUGGUUGUGGACAUCGUGUCCUGGGGAAUUAUAAUCCGAGACUUUGAGAACCGACUCCGCAAUCCUUUAUCCCCGGGCUAUAGGAAGCCGGCGACGUCGUUCCCAGGAUGGAUCGGCCUACUGCAGGCCCACGUUUCUGAAUCUGCUAUCCCCAAACAGCUGGAUGGCACCAGCCCCACGCGAUCCAAUUGGGAUUACUGGACACUUUCACCAGAAGACAACAUCUAUGGGAAUAGUGUGGCAGACUCCGUCAUCCUGGAUGAAGCACAGACCGCCAACUUGUUCUAUAGCAGCCAAUGUACGGGCACGGAGCUCACGGACAUAUUUUUAGCUGCGCUUAGCCACUCUUUCAGCCAGGUCUUCACGGACCGCCCGGUUCCCGUUAUCCUCGAAGAAGGCCACGGACGGGAGCCGUGGGAUGAUCGAAUCGAUGUUGUCGAAACAGUAGGAUGGUUCACGAUCAUGAGUCCAGUAGAGCUCGGAAACCUCACAGCAGAUCCGAUGGAUGCUCUCUGGGAAACGAAGAAGGCCCGCCAAAGAAAGUCCGAUCAUAGACUUGCCUGCUUCGCAGUGCAAUCGAGUGCAGAUGGAUCUUAUCGAUGCUCGGAGGUGACUUUCAACUAUACCGGCCAAACCCAGGGUCUUGAUCGCUCGCAGGACCUAUUAAGUAUCGACUACGGGCACCGUUCUUCUGCCGUCGGCAAUGCUGUCAAGAGACCGUCUGUGUUUGCAAUUGAGGCGAGCACCAGAUCGGGUCGGUUCUAUUUCGACUUUAAUUACCCUCGUCAAAUAGACCAAAUAGAGGCGGUCCGACGAUGGGUGCAGGAAUUUCAGACGUGUCUUUUGGAUCUCGUCAAUCGAUUAUUCACUUCUCCCAAAUCUUACACACUCAGCCGCCUGCCUGAUGUCCGCUCGGGAGAAGAUUUGAUAUCCCAGGUCCAUACCGCAGUCCUGGCUCGUACUGGCAUCGACGUUGAAUCUGAGAUAGAAGACAUUUACCCGGCGUCUCCCGUGCAAGUCGGAAUGCUUAUCAGUCAGAUCAAGGAUCCGGGCACCUAUCAGGUGCAGCAGGUUUGCGAGACCAUCAAGGAGCACCAGGACGGCCUGAUUGAUACAAAAAGACUGGCAUCGGCCUGGAAGGCAGUUGUCGCACAUCAUACCAUAUUGCGCACGGUAUUCGUUCCAGUUAGUGCUGGUCAGACCUCAUUUUAUCAAGUCGUCCGUCGCCAGUGGCAGCCGCAGGUGUCAAUCCUCCACUGUGAAGACGCUGGUGAUGUACGAGCAACGUUUGAUAGGACAGGAUUGCCCCAAUAUACAGAGGAGCAACCUCAGCAUCGCUUCAUGUUGUGUCAGACGGCGAGAGGAGAGGUCUUCUUUCAGCUGGAUCAUAGCCAUUGUCUGAUGGAUGCCUCAUCUUUGCAGCUUCUUCUCCGAGAUCUCGCGCAGACAUACAAGGAGGGCUUGCCAUCGGAGCCAGCUCCCUCUUACGGAUCUUAUGUCUCUUUCCUCGAACAAGCUCCAGCAGAGCAGUCAUUAUCCUACUGGACCAACCGUCUCAGUGGUGCCCAGCCGUGCCGCUUUCCUCGCACGCGCAGUUCGACCUCACAGGGCCGGCUUAUGCGACAUAAGCAAGCUCGGUUUGAGGACAUGCAGUUGUUGCGCAGCUUUCGCGAUUCGUAUGGCGUAACGUUGGCAAGCCUCCUACAGCUAGCAUGGGGAGUCGUGCUGGCUCGAUAUACGGGCGUAGACGACGUCGUUUUUGGCUUCCUGACCAACGGCAGAGAUGCGCCAAUCCCGGGGGUCGAGAGGAUAAUGGGACCCAUGAUUAACCUGACCGUUGCUCGGAUAGAUAUGGGUUCGGAUGAUCUGACCGUCGCUAUGUGCGCUCGUCAGACGCAGGAGUCGUUUUUGGACGCUUUCCAGCAUCAAAGAACGCCCCUCGCAGACAUACAGCAUUCCCUAGGUCUAUCGAGCCAGUCCCUAUUCAAUACCAUCGUCUCCUACAACCGUGAUGCUCAGCCGCGUCCAGAUAGUGCCCCAGAUAUAACAUUUCGUGGGGUAUCGGGUAUUGACCCUACAGAAUACGACAUGAACCUGAAUGUGACUGGCAGCGAUGACGAGUUGCGACUCUCCGUUCAGUAUGACUCCUCAAUCAUAAGUUCUGAGAGCGCUCAAGGCGUCAUUGAGGGUCUCCAGUCGGCCUUGUUCUCCAUUUUGCGAGACCCAACUGGGCCCGUGAACGCCGUCCCAGUACUAGGUCCAUCAGACAUCAACAAGCUCCGACGAUGGAAUGCAGAGAGCCCACCUACGGUUGAGACCGCAAUUCCGACCUUCGUCUCGCAGCAGGCUGCCAUGCAACCGAGUGCGCCUGCUCUGUGUGGAUGGGACGGAACACUGACUUACGGCGAGUUAGAACGUUAUGCAUCGUGUCUAGCCUGUCAUCUCCAAUCCCACGGUGUUCGCGAGGAGGUCAUGGUUGGGCUGUACUUUGAAAAGUCAAUGUGGACGGUCGUGGCGAUGAUGGCUGUUCUUCGGGCAGGAGGCGUCGCUGUGCCAUUGGGUGUCAAUAUGCCUAUGAGCCGACUCCAGUUCAUGCUAGAAGACACCAAUGCCCCUAUGGUUCUCACCAUGGAGCAUCUGCGGGAUCGAUUUGACAGCAUUCCCACGGUUCGCCCUAUGGUCAUCAAUCGCCAGUCACUGUCACUCUUGCCAGAGGUCACAAGGCAUUGGGAUCCUCCUUCUCUCGCACCAGGCAGUGCAGCUGCCGUCAUCUAUACGUCAGGGUCAACAGGCCAUCCGAAAGGAGUCAUUCUGACACAUGGAUCCUUGUCGACCAGCAUCGAGCAUCAUGGUCUGCGCCUGAACAUCGGGAACCAUACACGCGCGCUACAGUUUUCCGCCUACGUGUUUGAUAUCAGCUUGCUUGAUAUCCUCACCACACUCCGGUUUGGUGGAUGUAUCUGCGUGGUCUCUGAAGAGCAGCGCAUGGGCGGUCCUCAGCUGGCGGCGGCCAUGGAGUCUUUUGAUGUUAACUCAGCUGCGCUUACUCCCACCGUGGCCUCUCUGAUCCGACCGGAGAAUGUCCCUUCGCUAAAGACAUUAGUCCUUCUUGGGGAGAAACUCCCUCCAUCUAUUGUGGAAAUCUGGUCCCCCCAUGCGCGUGUUUUCAACGGGUAUGGCCCGGCCGAAUGCACGAUUUUAUCAACAGUCAGUGGCCCUCUGUGGGAUCCGACACAAUCCGCCAACGUGGGCACAGCGAUUGCCGGUGCACUUUGGGUGGCAGAUCCAAACAACCCCGAUUGUCUCGUUCCCAUUGGGGCGGCCAUUGGAGAAUUGCUUAUCGAAGGGCCUCUCCUGGCACGCGAAUAUCUUCAUCAGCCUGGAAAGACGGCCGAUGCCUUUUUAGUAGACCCUUCCUUCCUCGCCCAAUAUUCGCUAGGUCCGUCAGCGCCGGGGCGAAGGCUCUACCGCACGGGAGACUUGGUGCGGCAGGAUCCCUCUGACGGCUCGAUCAUCUACAUUGGCCGACGAGAUGACCAAGUCAAGAUACAUGGACAGCGGCUCGAGCUCGGCGAGAUCGAGCACUGGGUGCGUGAGACGGUGGGCUCGGGGUUCCCGGCAGCAUCAGUCUUGUUUGAACCUGAGCGAGAGACGGAGCAAUCGACUGUCCUCGCGGUUGCCAUCGAGGUUUCCGAGCAGACACACGUCGGGGGCUCCGGAGUAAGCUCCAAGUCUCCAUUUGCGUAUUUGACACCCGAAUGGCAUGGUUUAGUCGAUAAACUCUCCAGCACGCUGAGUCUGGUCUUGCCAUCUGUCAUGAUCCCCUCCAUCUACGUCCCGAUGCAACAAAUGCCGUUAACAGCAUCGGGUAAAAUAGAUCGCAAAUCCCUUCGCUCGAUUCUGGCGAGUCAGACUUCCGAUCAGCUGGCACAGUAUGUUUUGACUCAGGGUAUCCAUCGGGAGCCGGUCACCGACCUCGAAUGCCGGUUGCGAGACAGUUGGCUUUCGGUCCUGCCAUUGUGUCCUAAGAUCGGCCGUGAUUCUCAUUUCUUCCGGUGUGGUGGCGAUUCAGUUUCCGCAAUGCGCCUGGUAGGCCUGACUCAGGACGCCGAACCGCCUUUGCCUCUCACCGUCGCCGACGUCUUUCACUCCCCGAUGCUUGCAACCAUGGCAGAGGUCAUCGCUCAGCGGCUGUAUGGAACUGAGGGACGGGCGGAUGACACCGAGCCCAAUCCAAUCCCAUUCUCUCUAUACCCUGUCUCGUCGAAGAGUGAUAGAGAUGCGUACAUCCAUGCCCUAGCGACGCAAUGUCAUGUGGCGCCGAUGGAGGUGGAAGACGUAUACCCGUGUUCCCCGUUGCAAGAAGGCAUGAUCACAGUCACGACUCGAGAACCUCGAACUUAUGUUGGUCAUUGGAAAUUCCGGCUGGAUGCGAGCAUGGACUUGAUCCGCUUCAAGCAUGCCUGGGACCAGAUAUUCCAGCAAACCGUGAUUCUUCGCACUAGAAUUAUUCAGGAUUCCGACGGGCGAUAUAUGCAGCUGGUUAUUCGACAGAACUUGCCCUGGACGGAGUCAAACACUGAUGGGACCCUGGAUCUAUGCAAAACACAAAGCACAGCCGAACCAAUGGGGCUUGGCUCACCUUUGGUCCAUUUUGCCAUUGCCAAAAGCCCUGCGGAAACAGUGUUCACGUUUACGGCACAUCACAGCGUGUAUGACGGCUGGACGUUGACUGGGCUCCUAAGCGCCGUUUCCAGCCUCUACCACCAAGGCCAGGUUUCCCGGGUGUUCACGCCUUACAGCCGCUUCAUGCGUCACCUACAGCGGACUAUCUUCACCGACGCUGCUAAGCAGUAUUGGCAAUCUUACCUCGCGGGGGCAGCCGAGGCAACAGAAUUCCCCGUUUCGUCGUUGCGAUCUGACAACAGACUCCCUCAGAAGCUCACACAUCGAAUCGAAGCGGGAAGUCAGCCAAAUGCAGUUACUCAGGCCACCCUGCUGCGCGCGGCAUGGGCGAUGGUCAUUUCUCAGGAGACGGGAAACAGCAGGGUUGGCUUUAGCAGCACACUGGCUGGCCGCUCGGCUCCUGUUGCAGGAAUCUUAGACAUCAUGGGUCCAACUAUCGCGACAGUCCCGGUCCACAUCCAUCUGGACAAACACCAACGAGUCCAAGGCUAUCUGGAAGCAGUCCAGCAACAGGCUGUCGACAUGAUGCCUUUCGAGCAAACGGGCUUACAGAAUAUAAGAUCCAUGGGAGUGGACUUGCCGGCGAGCUUCAUGCAGCACUUGUUUGUGGUUCAAUCCCGGGGUGAGCGCCUCGACCAGACUGUCCCUGGUCUCGAGUUAAUACCUGGUCCUGAGACUGCUUUCACGGACUACCAACUGGCCGUCAUCUGCAAUCCGAUGGCAGGGGGGCAGCACUCGGCGGUGGAUAUUGAGGUCUACUUUGAUUCCGCAAUGAUUCCGGCAGCCCAGAUGAAGAGGUUACUAGAUCAGUACCAGCAUGUGGUGACUCAACUGCAACAGGCGACAAUAACGGAUAGCAGCGAACUCCAGGUGGGCGAAAUAGACAUGGUGUCUACUCAAGACGCACUCCAACUUGCAGAAUGGAACCUCAGCCACAUGGAAACGCGAAAGGAGAGCCGAGCAAGAAUCCACGAACUUGUCGACCAGCAACUCAAGACUCGUCCGGACGCACCCGCUGUGUCCGCUUGCGAUGGCGAUCUUUCAUACGAGCAGCUGAACCGACUGGCCCUCCGGUUAGCUCGGCACCUCAUCGACCUUGGAGUUCGUGUAGAGACACCAGUGGCCAUGAUGCUAGAAAGAUCAUUGUGGGUUGUCGUCGCCGAGCUGGCAAUUCUGAAGGCUGGCGGCAUCGUUGUACCCGUGAACCGGGAUCAUCCAACGCAGCGUAUUCAGGGGAUCCUAGAUCUUGUCAAGGCGCCCAUCCUGCUAGCAUCAGAUGGCACGCACCAAUUCCAGUCUCAAUACACGCUGGUGAUCGAUGAGCAUCUCCCGACAGUGUUCCCUGCUGCCGAUCCCACCGUCCUUCCUGAAGUUGGCAUCAACAACGCUGCUUUUAUAAUCUUCACAUCUGGAAGCACCGGGACGCCCAAAGGAGUUGUCCUCGAACAUCAAGCCCUAACUGCAAGCAUGAAGGCGCAUGGAGUACUCUUUGCUGGGCCCAACACACGUACCCUUCAGUUUGCCACUUACACAUUUGACCUCAGCAUUGCAGAGAUCUUCACAACGUUGAUCUUUGGUGGCUGUGUUUGCAUUCCGUCGCCGUCAGACCGUUUGAGCAACGUGGCCAAAGCAAUUACAGCCGCAAAUUCAAACGUGGUAAGCCUGACCCCGACUGUGGUCGACCUUCUGAAGCCAGAAGAUGUUCCCUCGUUGCAAACCAUCUUGAUGGUUGGCGAGGCUCUCCGCCCUGAGACGACAGAGCCUUGGAUCGCGCAGGGUGUGCGUGUCUUGAACGGAUAUGGCCCAACGGAGUGUUCCAUCUACACCACCAUCAGUGACCCCAUAAUGGACCCUGCGCAAGUGUCGACACUCGGCAAGGGGCUGGCAGGAUGUGGAACGUGGAUCGUCAAUGCUACCGACUAUCACCAGCUGGUGCCGAUCGGAACGCCUGGGGAGCUCUUAGUGGAAGGGCCGUUGCUCGCUCGAGGCUAUCUCGACGAGGAAAGGACGCAGAAGGCAUUCAUCAAGGACCCGGGAUGGUCGAAACGCUGGGAAUUCGCGGCACUCCGUGGACGUCGGCUAUACCGAACCGGGGAUCUGGUACGACAGGCUCCAGAUGGAUCACUGCAGUAUCUCGGUAGGGUGGAUACCCAGAUCAAAAUCAACGGUCAACGGGUUGAGACCGGGGAAAUCGAGCACUGGGUCAAGGCGAAGCUCCCCAGUGCCCACGAGGUGGCAGUCAAAAUCAUCAAGCCGGACCAGCUGGCAGAUGAACCCUCCCCUCGAGCUGUCCUGGCCGUUGCAAUUGCAAUGGACGAGUCAACAUCUCCCGGGUUGCGCCCUGGUGACCAGCUAGCACCUCAUCUACUGCCUCCGUCAGGCAAUCUGCAUCAAUUGUUCGUCAACUUACGUGCCGCUUUACUGGAUGUCCUCCCGCAAUACAUGGUGCCGCACCUGUACCUUCCCAUGAAUAGGAUGCAGCUCACAGAUUCGGGCAAACUGGACCGGAGAGCCACCUGGAAUCUUAUUGCACAGUCCCCCUCCUUGAGUCAAUACAGGCUCCGCAACGCCUCCAAGAUACCACCCUCAACCUCCAUGGAAGUCCACCUCCGUCAGCUAUGGGCAUCCGUUCUGAAGGUUCCCGUCCAAGAGCUGGGAGUCAACGACGAUUUCUUCCGGGCUGGGGGUGAUUCUAUCUCGGCGAUGCAAUUGGUGUCCCGAGCCCGUUCUGAAGCCCUCGCUGCCCUUGAGGUUGCGGACAUCUUUCGGUACCCAACUCUAUCGGCCAUGUCGGCUCUGUCAGAACAAAAGCAUCAGUCUCAUGUCAGGCCCUUUGAGUACAAACGAUUUGCAGCCAUGGGCACUCCAGAAGAUGCUGUACUACUGCAGGAGACGUUGGGCUCUCGCCUGGAUUCGCCUGGCGCAAUCAUCGACGCUGCCCCGGUUACGGAUCAACAGGCCACUUUCGUAAUUGGAACUUUGCGCAAGUCGAGAGACUCCUUGGCACAUGUAAUAUUGGAUGGCAAUGGGAUCCCUGACAUCGAACGCUGGACGGCAAGCUGUAUGGAGCUAAUCCGGCGACACGAAAGCCUGCGAACUGCGUAUGUCUUCCACGAGGGAGAGCUCCUGCAAGUCGUCCGGGAUGAGUAUCGCCCUCACGUCGCCGUCUUCAAUACGAAUCAGCCCAUAGAUCAGUUCUCGAAGGAGCUAAUCUCACGGGACAUGGGUCAACCACCCCGUGUUGGUCGACCGUUCACCGAGUUUGCCAUUAUCACGAACCCGCAUGCACAGUGCCAUCAGAUAGCUAUUCGCAUAAGCCAUGCCGAUUACGAUCAGGCUACACUUUCCUACAUCCUGCAAACACUGCAGGCGAUAUACCAUCAGCAGCCGACGGACACAUUCUCCACUGCCUGUCAGUACAUGCACUCUCUCCAGAGACAAGACAAGGAGACGAGCCGAUGCUUCUGGAGAUCUGUGUUAAACGGCGCGUCCAUGCCAUCGAUCGUGUCUCCAUCGGCGAAACAAACCCGGUCCCCUGCGAAGCUGAUCCACCAUGCAACAGACGUGGUCGACAUCCAACAACCUUUGCCGGAUGGCGUUACUCUCGCGGUCGUACUGCAAUCUGCCUGGGCCCUCGUCCUUGCUCGCCAUGUCGGCCGACAGGAUGUGCUCUUCGGCGACGUCGCCUCGGGUCGGCAUCUCGAGUCCGCUCCCAUUGGAAACACUGCUGGUUGCUGCGCAAACGUCGUUCCUGUGAGGGCUUCCCUGGAGACAACAUGGACAAUCCUCGAUCUGUUCUAUCAUCUCCGGGAACAGCUUCUUGCCCGCAUGCCACAUGAGACACUAGGCUUCCGUGAUAUCUUCCGACACUGCACAAGCAUGCCGCAGUCGGUCUACUUCACUUCGCGGCUGAACAGCGUCAAACAAGCCCGGAUGCCAGAUUGGGACGUAGCCGAUUAUCGCGUCUCGGUCUCUUUUCCCGACGCAGCCGAGGAUCUCCCCAACAUCUCGAUCACCUGCGUCCAGAAGCCCGGCCAGAUAGAACUCGCUGUUGGCUACUUGGAAGGUGUGGUUUCUCCACGACUAGCGGAUGCUCUCUCUCAAGAUCUCCACGCCACAGCGAACCUGUUGCUGAACGGCGACCACGCCAUUACUCUCGAUUCCUUUCUUCCUCGAGAUGGAAAUAUGCCAGACGACGUUCAUGACGAAAAGCCCUCUCACUCUCGCUUGGACCAGAGCAUAGAGCUCGCCGUUCGCGACCAGGAUUUUGUCGAUGCCGGCUACACUGCACUGGCUCUGCAACAGCAGGGUCAUGAUAUCGCGAUCGACGAUAUACUAGAGCACGGGAGUAAUCUGGUCGAUGGGCUGCAAGCCAGGCUUAAAAAUUGAUUUUUGUAUUCGAUUGGAUCUGUAUUUAUUGUUUAUUUUGCUGAAGGAAUUGUGGCCCUCAUGGGAUAGCAGAUAAUUAAU